AUAGAUCGGGUAUUUCCGUCCAGACCCGGCUACCUCCGGCCGGAUUCGGCUAUUUCCGGCCUGCAGCAUAGUGGUUUCUGUGCAACUGUGGGUCCUCGUGUCAAUGGAGAGUCGGCCUCCUCCGGCUAAGAAGUUCAAAACAUCAUUGUCCGUGUGUGGCCAAAGGCGGGACAAUGCACUCUCGCGGGAGAUGGAGAUUGAUCAACAGCGGAGAGACCUGCCCAUCUAUCGGGCUCGGGGAAAACUCCUCGGACAACUGCGACAGCUGGACGCGGCGGUGAUCAUAGGUGAGACAGGUUCGGGGAAGACGACACAGAUUCCACAGUAUCUGUAUGAAGCCACCAUUGGGCGACAGGGUAUCAUUGGCGUCACACAGCCCCGACGUGUGGCAGCAAUAUCACUUGCAGCUCGGGUCUCAGAAGAAAAGAAAACAGAGUUAGGCACGUUGAUUGGAUACGCUGUCCGUUUUGAAGAUCUCACCUCUGACAAGAGUAAAAUUAAGUUUUUAACCGAUGGGAUGCUGCUUCGAGAGGCAAUCGGAGACCCACUCCUUCACAGGUAUAGUGUGGUGAUUUUGGAUGAAGCCCAUGAAAGGACUGUCCACACAGAUGUUCUCUUUGGCAUUGUGAAAGCCGCACAGAAAAAGCGAAAGGAACUCGGCAAAAUGCCACUGAAGGUAAUUAUCAUGUCUGCCACAAUGGAUGUCGAUCUCUUCUCUCAAUACUUUAACAGAGCACCUGUUUUGUAUCUGGAAGGGAGACAACAUUCCAUUCAGAUCUUCUACACAAAGGAACCUCAGAGUGACUAUCUCCACGCUUCUUUAGUAUCAAUUUUUCAGAUCCACCAGGAGGCACCACCUUCACACAACAUUCUGGUUUUUCUGACUGGUCAAGAGGAAAUUGAGGCCAUGAGUCGAACAUGCAGGGAAAUUGCCAAACACCUUCCACAAGGCUGUGCGCAGAUGUCAGUAUUCCCUCUGUAUGCAUCACUCCCUCACCUGCAGCAGCUUCGAGUCUUUCAACUGGGACAGAAGGGCUGCCGUAAAGUGAUUCUUUCCACAAACAUUGCAGAAACAUCAAUCACCAUUCCAGGCAUCAAGUACGUUGUGGAUACAGGCAUGGUUAAAGCCAAGCGCUACACCCCUGAGAGUGGGUUGGAGGUCCUUGCUGUGCAGAAAGUUUCAAAAGCCCAGGCAUGGCAGCGAGCAGGGCGGGCAGGACGGCAGCAGGCAGGAAUCUGUUACCGACUAUACACUGAGGAAGAGUUCGAGAAAUUCCUGAACAUGACCGUACCAGAGAUACAAAGAUGUAAUCUGGCGAAUGUGAUGCUUCAGCUGCUGGCCCUUCGGAUACCCAACAUCUUGACAUUUGACUUUAUAUCAAAACCAUCUCCAGAUGCAGUGCGGGCAGCCAUUGAACAGCUUGAGCUGCUGGGUGCAAUCGAGUGCAAAGACAGCCAGAUCAUUCUGACACAAAUGGGCAAGAAAAUGGCAACAUUCCCUCUGGAACCCAGAUUUUCCAAGGCUGUCCUGCUGUCCCCAGAGUUUCACUGUUCUGAGGAGAUCUUGACCAUCAUUUCAUUGCUUUCUGUGGACAGUGUCCUGUACAAUCCGCACAGUAAACGGGAGGAAGCACACUCUGUGAGAAAGAGAUUCAUCUCAAGUGAGGGAGAUCACAUGACCCUCCUGAACAUAUAUCAGGCUUUUAAGAAUGUAGGAGGACAUAAGGAAUGGUGUAGAGAGAACUUUGUGAAUGGCCGAAACAUGGCAAUGGUAACAGAAGUUAGAUGUCAACUGCGUGACAUUUGUGCAAAGUUUGGAGUUCGUUUGGAAUCUUCUCGUUCAGACACCAGCAAUAUCCGUCGGUGCUUAGCUCAUGCUCUGUUUCUGAAUGCUGCAGAACUGCAGCUGGAUGGGACGUAUGCAACCCUGGACACCCGGCAGCCUGUGGCUAUCCAUCCCUCCUCUGUCCUCUUCCACUGCAAACCUUCCUAUGUUUUGUACAAUGAAUUAUUGCACACAUCGAAGUGCUACAUACGGGACUUGUGUGUGGUGGAUCCUGAAUGGCUUUAUGAGGCAGCCCCAGAAUAUUUUGGUAGAAAGUUGAAAGGAGUAAAAAGUUAAUGCAUCUGAGAUAGCGACUGCUCAAAGUAUAUCUGUUGUAGACAGGUACAUCAUUGGUUUUCAGAAGACAAACAACCACAAGAUUUUGCACUAAAAUAUCUGUUUUUUUAAAUAACUUUUAUAUUACUUGUAAAGUAGUUCAUAUGUGAAUUAACAAAGUAUAAUGCAUUAUUGGCCUUUUCUGAUACAGCAUCAGUAGAAGAAAUGGAUUGACCAACAAUAUUAACUCUUAUUUUCUACUAUCAAAUGUUUUUGUUGUCAGUUAGUCAAUGGUGGAGUCAUGAAAUUGUGUUUUAACAUUGUUUUUACACACCAACUAGAAGGAAUUUAAUGAGUCAUUGCUUUUUAUCAUUUCCUUAAACUGAGAGAUCUCAGGGAAAUUCAGAAGUGCAUGAGGAUCUGUCCGUGCAGCAUGAUUGGUGCAUUCAUGUGUCUGCGCAAUGCAGUUGGGGGCAUGCAUGUUUUGUAGUUUAGCCAACUUUGUGUUCAUACCUUUGUAAUGGCUUUUAUUUAAUUGUAAUACAUUAGAUUCAGCCCCAGGAUCUCAUGCUGAAACUGAAUAUGAAAUUCCAAGUGUUAUGAUCACAUUUCCUUUGAGGAUUCUUUAGCUAUGUAUUUAAAAAAAAAAGUCACUUGCUUGCAAUUCAUUAAUUUUUGUCCUUAAGCCAUUUCUUUUUCAGACCAAGCUGACACUUGUUCUUCUUUAUUCAAGUGAGCCUAAAUUUUGUUGACCAUUCUUUUCAUGUGGAGUUUUGUCAAUUAGAUUAUUCAAAUAUGAGCUGCCCUUUACAAAUAUCUGCUUUAUACCCUUUACAAUUAACUCAAACCUCUUGAGACCGCAGGCUAAACAUUCUGGGGACAUGGGUUCAAAUUCCAGCAGAGUAGAUGUUGAAAUUAGAAUUCAGUAAAGACCUGGGAAUAAAAGGAUAGUUUAAUGCUGACCACGUAACUACUGCUGAUUGUAAUAACAACCCACCUGGUUCAUUAAUGUCCUUUUGGGAAAGAAAUUUGCUGUCCAUAUCUGGUCUGACUUACAUGUGACUCCAGACCCAUAACAGUGUCAUUGACCCUUGAUUGUUAUCUGAGCAAAUAGGGAUGGGCAAUAAAUGCUAACCUAAUCAGUGACACCUACAGUUCCUUAGUGAACAAAAAAAGUGCCUCUUUUAUCACUUGAUUAUUAUUUCUGAAGCCUACCCACCAUGUAUAAUAAACUGACUAGCUUGUAAUUUUGAGCAGUGAUCCUCUUCUCAAUCUUCCAAAACCUUCUAUUGAUGGAAUAAAGUGUAAGAUUAUCGCAUGCCUUUUCCAAAAUCUUCAUUCUCCCUCAACUUAUUGUAUGUGACAUAGUUCCCACUUGAAUUCACCUGACAUGCCUUUUUCACUGUUUUUGUUUCAACAUAGUCUCCGCCUCCUCGUCACUUGAGUCCUGACUUUGGCUCCUUUAUCUAUUCCACUUUGUUCCACUAUCAGGUUGCUCCCCACUCUUUUCCAUUGCUAAUCUAAUCAGUGAUCAUUCUGACUCAAGUGCUCCCUGUGAACACAUGGUCCACUUGGCAUACCUCAUUCCCCAGCACCAGAUCCAUCAAUGCUUCCUUUCUAGUUUGGAUUAGAACACACUGACCAAGGAAGUUCUCCUGGGAUGUGGCAUCUCUGGAGUGCAGAAUGUGGUGGUGGAAACCCAAGUGCUUUUUUUAAAAAUAGUCUCACAGAGUACAAGUUUAAUUGCUAGUUUCUAGUCCAUUAAUCUUUCUGGAGAGAUUUGUAGGGUCUUUAUGUUUAUAAUAAAGAAAUUUACUAACUAAAUUAUAA